UUGGGAUGGAUUUAGGCUGGUUUGACAUUGGAUCUGUCCGCUGCCAUGGCUGCCAUGUCAGGGUUGUGCCAACCCGGCAGAGCUCGCCAACGGCUUCGUCCGGGCACGGAUGUGUCCCUCUCUCACUUGUAUUUUAUGGUUCUCUCUCUAUUUCUGCCCAAGGCCCAUAGAAUGGGGCUCCACAACUGUCAUCUCUGGGGGAGUUCCUGGUUCGGGGACCGGGGGGCAGUUGUCCAUACACCAUGGCGAUGGGUGCAGUGGGGAACGAACUCUGAACCUGGGGAGGUGAAGGGAGCUUGGACUGUAGCAGCUUAAAGUCCAGGUUGAGGUCUUGCUCUGGAGCAGUGCCACUGUGGCCACCAAAAACGACCUCAGGAGGUGUGAGGCACGGUUAGCGAGCCCCUCGGCAGCUGGGAAUCGACGACGCCCUGUUGACGUCAGCGGGGCCGCCUGACACCAGCAGGAGAGCUGGCCCCAGGCCGGCAGCAAGAGGAAUCGAAGCACUGGGCCGGGGUUUUCUAGACCAGAGCGCAAGGAGCGGGGCUGGCGGCGCAGCCUAAGGAUGCUGGGGAGAAGGGGAGUGACGUUUGUGCCUCGUGAAGGGUAAUUUUCCUAAGAGGGAGGCAGCUCGUGGCGUCUCCUUAAUGAAGGGGCGGGCGGCCUGUCAGGGAAUUAACCUAACAGAUGGGGGCCGAGUGGGUAUAAAGGGGGGCUGGCCCCCCCAUGGACUGUCAGGGAGCGAGACGGGACAGAGCCGGGAGAAGAUCGGGGAGUGAGACAGAAGGAAGAGCCAGGCUGAGCCAGAGAAAGCGAAGGGCGAAGCCGAAGAGAGGGAAGGAAGAGGCCGAAGGCAGGAGGAGCAGAGAGGGCCAAGGGAAAGGAAGGCGAGAAGGUGGAAGAGAGAGAAGGGAAGAGCCGAAGGAAGGAGGACGGGAUGGAGGCAGGGGAGGAAGAAGCCUAGAGGAGAGGGCAGGGAGCCGGCCUCAUGGAAGCGGGGCCAGGGCGAGCCCACCCCUCUGGGAAGGAGGAGCGGAGGGCAGGACAGAGGGUCUGUGUGCCCGGCUGUGGGGAAGGCUCCCAGGGCGCCAGGCCGGCGUGCGCCGGCUGCGGGGGGAAGAUCAGAGGCCCCUUCCUGCUCCGCGUGGCGCCCGACACAGAGUGGCACAUGGGCUGUCUCCGCUGUAGCUGCUGCCGGCUCAGCCUGGCGCACAGCCCCACCUGCUUCCUGCGCGACGGCAGGGUUUACUGCAGAGCCGACUAUCUCAGGCUCUUCUCCACGAGAUGCGCCCGCUGCCGGGAGACCUUGCUGCCCUCUGACCUGGUGUUACGGGCCCGCGGGGCUGUCUACCACCAGGCCUGCUUCCGCUGCUCCCUCUGCCAACGCCGGCUGCUGCCCGGCCAGCAGUUCGCUCUGCGGCCGGACGGGUUGCACUGCCCCAUCCACCAGUGGCCUGGGCAGGAAGGGGCAGGGCCAGAGGUGCCGGUAUCAGCCUGGACCAAGUGGCACCGGUCAGCGACGGGCUCCAGAAUCCCCGUGGCCCAGGGCGGCUCAGGGAAGCUGACCCGCGUCCGCACCGUCCUGAACGAGCGGCAGCUCCAGGCCCUGAGCUCCUGCUAUGCGGCCAACCCUCGCCCUGACGCUGGGCUGAAGGAGCAGCUGGUGGAGCUGACCGGCCUCAGCCCCCGCGUCAUCCGAGUCUGGUUCCAGAACAAGCGCUGCAAGGACAAGAAGCGGAACCUUGUGAGCCAGCUGCAGCCGCCGCCCCUGAGCCUGCAGGGUGCCGUGGGGACCCGGAUGGUGGCCGCCAGCCCGCAGCCCCAGGACGAGGCGUAUGCAUGGAGCCCGGUGGAGGUUCAGCGGGGCAGGCCCUCCUGGCAGCUGGUGAGCGGCACCGAGGAGGCAGGUUUCUCCCAGCUGCUGCGGCUGACGGACCCGGAGCAGCUCGGCUGGGUGGGCUCCGUUCUCCGCUAGAUUCCUGAGCCGAAGUCCAGCGCAGUCAAUGGAAGGGGGGGAUCCACUCCAGUGACUUCCGUGAGCUUUGGGUCAGGCCCCACCUAUACCGUGUGACUUGAGGGGUAAUUCACACCCCCCCUCACCCCCCGGCCCGCCACAUCCACUGGUCACGGUGAGUUCUAGAGACACACGCCCCCUCCCCCGCUGGGUCCAACUCCACGGAUUGCACCUGAACUUGCUCCUCGAGGAUGCUGGCCUCCCUCCCCGGCCAAUGCCUGCAGCUUCCCCAGCAUGCUGCCUCCCCAUCCCCCCCUCUGCUCCCUCCCCCUCUUUCCAGAGGGGAGGCCAGACCCCCCCAGCAGAGCCCACCGGAGGCAGUGAAACUUCGCUGCAGUCCAGGGAGAUCCUGCCCAUUCACCCCAGCUGAGGAACCAGCCGGAACGGGAAUGUUUAGCUCUGGGACCAGCCCGGGGUCUGGAGCAGGGGGCCAUCUCACAGCACUUCCUCCUGGCCUGGCCUGGCCCAGCAGGCUCCUACCUGCUCAGGUUCUUUGCACUCACUGACUCUGGGCACGUCUGCGCAAACCCGCUGCCGCGAGUCACGCUCCCGGGGCCUGGACUCCGACGCCCGCCCCGUCCCCAGGCUUUGCCGCUCCAGGCCCAGCCCCAACAGCGGCACCGGUGUUUUUAGUGCCAGAGCACAAGCCGCAGCCCUGGGCUCCGAGCUCGCUGCCAUGGGGCUCGGCUUGCUGCCCAGACGUCCCUCUGAGACCACGACCCUGCAGUGAGAGUCCCAUACGGGAGACCUGAUUUAGUUAAUUUCCCAGCACCAGACCCUUUGUCCCCACAGCCUCAGCCCUUCAGCUCAGUCCUCCAGCCCUUCCUCCCAGCCUCCUUCCCUGGAUAACUUGGGGUGCUCCCUGGCCAGUAGAGAGCAGCAACUCCCAGGGCUGGAUCCCUUCUCCAGCAUCUCUUCGUCUCUCCCCCAUGUCUCAGCCUCUGCCCUAUUUAUCUCAGAGGCCUGCUGGGGUCACAUGACCCCUUUUCCUCACCUGGGCAGACCAGUUAUCUGUGUCCCAGGUGUUUCUCCUUAAAGGGCCAGCUCCCUUGUCACCCUGCCCCUCUGCUCCAUCAGAGCAAUGAACCUCUCUGGCUGUUUUACGUGCAUCUCAAGAGGGGGGUAGGAUGAAGGACCCUGUACAAAACCCAGCCGGACCGUCCUGUGCUCAAGCUUUGGGAGACUUUGGGCAAAUCACAGCCAAGUGGGAGAUUCGGGGUGGGGGUGCAGUUUGCAGGGUCAAUGCACAUAUUUGGGGCUGAUGGGGAUGUGGUUGU